AUGCGGUUUGAGCAAAAAUUUGCAAUUACCGAAUUGCAACCACCCCUACUAGGCAGGAUCUGCCCUUGGGCUUGCCCGGGCUGGAUUGGUAGCGCUGGAGGUCCAAACUUGGCGUGGGGGGCCUGUUGCCCUGGCAGGCCUCCUGCGCUGGACAUGCUCUUACAAGCCCCAUCUACAAUAUUCAUUUCAACAAGUCUUUAUCAGGAGGUUUUAUCACCGCAUCCUAUUUGA